CAGUGGCUUUUCAGGCUGUCGGCUUGACAGGGGGCGGGGCUUAGACUCACCGGCAGAGAGUCGGAUGUCGCCUGACCGGAUGGUCGCUGGAAGUUUUUUUGUUUUUGACAGACCGAUGACUGAAAGUGAUUAAAGGGUGGAACUUGGAAGUAACCCGAGCACCUUGCUUAGACGAGCCGAGCCGAGCCGAGUCUUGCCGAGUCCUGCCGAGCCGAGCCGAGCCCAGCUGAAGCCAUGGGGAACCGGGGGAUGGAGGAAUUGAUCCCCCUGAUCAAUAAACUUCAGGAUGCUUUCAGUUCCAUCGGGCAGAGCUGCAAUUUGGAUUUACCCCAGAUCGCCGUGGUGGGAGGACAGAGCGCCGGAAAGAGCUCGGUUUUGGAAAAUUUCGUCGGCAGGGAUUUUCUCCCUCGCGGUUCAGGAAUUGUCACUCGCAGGCCUCUUGUUCUGCAGCUAAUCAACAGCAAAGCAGAGUAUGCAGAGUUCCUGCACUGUAAAGGGAAGAAGUUUGUGGACUUUGAUGAGGUUCGGAUGGAGAUCGAGGCCGAGACGGACAGGAUCACGGGCUCGAAUAAAGGAAUCUCCCCCAUUCCCAUCAACCUGAGAGUCUACUCUCCUAAUGUGUUGAAUCUGACCCUCAUCGACCUGCCAGGGAUGACCAAGGUUGCCGUGGGUGACCAGCCGCAAGACAUCGAGCACCAGAUCCGAGACAUGCUCUUGCAGUUCAUCACUAAAGACAGCUGCCUGAUCCUGGCAGUCACGCCGGCUAACACCGACCUGGCCAACUCCGAUGCUCUCAAGAUCGCCAAGGAGGUGGACCCUCAGGGUCUGCGCACUAUCGGCGUGAUCACUAAGCUGGACCUGAUGGACGAAGGAACAGACGCUCGAGACAUCCUGGAGAACAAGUUGCUCCCGCUGCGCAGAGGUUACAUCGGCGUGGUGAACCGCAGUCAGAAGGACAUCGACGGCAGGAAGGACAUCCGCGCUGCUCUGGCUGCUGAGAGGAAGUUCUUCCUUUCUCAUCCUGCUUACAGACACAUCGCUGAGCGAAUGGGAACGCCGCACCUGCAGAAGACCCUCAACCAGCAAUUGACUAACCACAUCCGGGACACGUUGCCUGGUUUACGCAGUAAGUUGCAGUCGCAGCUCCUGUCUCUGGAGAAAGAGGUGGAGGAGUACAAGAACUUCCGUCCUGACGACCCCACACGCAAGACCAAGGCUCUGCUGCAGAUGGUGCAGCAGUUCGGCGUGGACUUUGAGAAGUGUAUCGAGGGCUCAGGAGAUCAGGUGGACACGGUGGAGCUGUCCGGAGGCGCCAGGAUUAACCGCAUCUUCCACGAGCGCUUCCCUUUCGAGCUGGUCAAGAUUGUGUUUGAUGAGAAGGAGCUGCGGCGAGAAAUCAGUCACGCCAUUAAGAACGUCCACGGUGUCAGAACUGGCCUGUUCACCCCCGACCUGGCGUUUGAAGCCAUCGUGAAAAAGCAGAUCAUAAAGCUGAAAGAGCCCUGUCUCAAAUGUAUCGAUCUGGUGAUUCAGGAGCUCAUCAACACGGUCAGGCAGUGCACCAACAAGCUGAACUCAUACCCCCGCCUGAGAGAGGAGACGGAGAGAAUUGUCACUACAUAUGUCCGAGAGCGAGAGGGGAAGACAAAGGACCAGGUUCUGUUGCUGAUCGACAUCGAGUUGUCUUACAUCAACACCAACCACGAGGACUUCAUUGGAUUUGCCAAUCUAGACCACCGGAGGCUGGAUGACGGUACCCUUCCCAGUGCACAACAGAGGACACAUGCGAACAAGAAAAGGCCCAUUCCAAACCAGCUAAGCGGACUCAUAGAGGGAACACCAGAAAAGUGAGGAAACGAACAGAGAACCUGUCUACUCCAAAACCAUGGUUUAUGCCUCAUCAGAACAUCACCUCAGAGCCGCUGGACAUGAACUUCAGAAAGCCCAGAGCAUUUAUAUUUCUAGGCUUUUGUAUAAUUGAAAUCUGAUCUUAACGGUUGUUAAGUUAUGGCAGAGAUUUGGCUUGGCUAGUCAGCGAUCUACAACAUGACCAGCACAGUGAUCUUGACUUCGGUAUUAAUAAGAAAGUUGAUGCUUUGGAAGCUGAUCUGUUUGAGCCGAGUGUACAGAUGAAGAAAUCAGAGAGCUGGAAAGACUAAAAGACUAAAGUGCCACUGCAUCACUUACCAUAAAGAUGAAACAAGGGCUAAAUCCCAGUGCACCAUUAUCAGCAGGGAGUUGAACAGCAUUGUGGGUAAUGUAGGAAACUGGGGACCAAAGUAAAAUCGAUGAGACGUUAAAACUAAAGAAGUCAACUCAAAAUUUCGUUAUAAUGAAUCUUGGAUGCCAUUGAUUAUAAAGACAAUAUGGAAGUCGUUCAAGGUGAAGUUUACCUUUAAAAGUGAAAACAGCUCCACUGCACUGAUUUGAAAGAGAAAAAUGUCGUUAAACUACUUUGUUGACAGAAUAAUGUUCUAUUUUCUACAUUCGUUUCUCAGUUAUAAAGCACACGUUAGAUUAGAUUAGAUUAGAUUGUUAGUAAAAUUAAACAAUGUAGCAUUUAUCUAAACUAAAUUGUUGAUGAAAUUGAUUAAUUCUAACACAUCUCUGCCAGCCAAUUGCUGCGAAGGUGGGCUGGCAGUUCGGACAUUUCGGCUUCAGAGAGAAAACUUUCCAAAAUGCUUCCUUUUGUCUAAUCCAGGACGCAUAAAUCAAGCUUAAGGGCAGAUGCUGAAUUCUGUCAAGACAUAUCUAAAAUACAUAGUUAUACAGUAUAACACAAAUUCAAAACCACACUUCUUACAAACAAACAAUAAAAGUGUUCAGAUGAGUGAAAGUCUGACCAAAGCUGUAUUUGUGGCAUUUUAUCCAACUUUCCAAAAAAAGUAGUGCUGGUUACUUGACACUUUUUAAAGCUUUUAUGGUAUUCAUGCGCCACCAGAGCCGCACUACAAGUACAGAAAAUCCUUCCCCCUGAAAAAGUAUGGAAGGACGACUUCUACACACCUCUGACUGAAGAGACGGUACAAGCUUUCUACAAAAAUCUGCAUUUUCAUUGACGCCCCAUUAUCUGCCCUCAGACUUCCAUUGUGAGUGAGUUUAGUGUAAAGAGGAUUUUAUUGUUUUGUUUUUUUUUCCUCAGUACAGAGAAACAAUUUGAAAUUCUCAUCUGUGGUAGUAAAAUCACACAUGCACUACAGAUACGGUGGUUGAAAACUGCUGAAGUACUCCUUUAGUGGUAGCCUGCAUUAAUUCGUGGUAAUAAAAGUGAUGCCUCGGUUGUCCUGCAGUCUGGCUGAGUGCUGGCAUCUCCUCUAGGGGGCGCCGAGUUUGCCUUGUGGAGGAAUGGGCUGUGGGAGGGAAGGGGCGGGGUCGGAGGGACAAAAACAACCAAUAAGGAGCCGGGGCUGAACCUCACUCACAAAUCAUGUGUGUGCCAUUCACUUGUGUAUGUAUGUGUGUGUGUGUGUGUGUGUGUGUGUGUGCGUGUGUGCGCGCGUGUGCGCGUGUGUGUGUGAGCGAGCGCGUGUGUCUCUCUGAUGUUUCCUGUCUCUAACUAAAAUCACACAAUUAUCACAACACUUUUGCUCAGUACAGAAAGCAGCUAGGUAAAGAAUAAACCAUGUGCUGUUUUAGGAAAAUAAUUAACAUCAGGGUGAUGUGAUAACACAGAGUUGAUUAUUUUCCAAUUAAAGCACAUCCCAAAGUGUUUUAUUCCUCUUAUACCACAGCAAUUUGCAGUCGAUUAAAUUUUCUUUAUCAUCGUACUUUUUAUCCUUUUAUAGUUACAUUUAAUGUGGCACAUCCAUGAAACAAGUUCUCACUUACGUUAUUACGUUAUAUGUUAUUAACAGCCGUUCACUCACCAGCCUCUCUUUUUUUCUCUCUCUCUCUCACUAGAAGUUAAUAAGAAGGAAAAAAACGCAGCUUGUCAUGUUACUGAGAAAGCACAAAGCGUAAACUCUUCUGUCCUGAAGAUGUUGGAAAGCGUAAAGUUACAGCUUUACCUCUGACUGUUACACAGCACUGACAUUGGAGACUCCUUCCAUAAAUGUUAAAUGGAAAGUUAAACGAUUAUAUCCUUAUUGUUUUUCAUCAGUUAAUGUGGACCGUACGCCAGAAACGGUAAAGCGUUAUAUAAACGAGCGCAUUGAUAUAAACCUGUGAUUUGUAGCUGCACUACUGUCAGAGCUGCUGUUCUAGAAAAUUAAUCGACACCUUUCGACCAAUCAGAAUCCAGAAUUCAACAGCACUGUGGUAUAAAUGGAUUUGUUGCAUCUCAGUUUAUCAUUUUAAGUCAAGAGAAACCAGGCUUUUCUCUCAGCUUGUACAUUAUAAGCCUGUUUCUCUUUGUAUGUACAAGCGUCUGGAUCAGAUUAAGAAAUUAAAUGAGUGUUAAUCUAAUUAAGCGCUAAAUACAAACAUGAAUAAAUUAGACUAACUGAGUCUGAAUGCUAUUUAUUUAUUGACUUGAUCCUGAAUUUCAAAUCCUCAUUGCGUGCUAUCAGUGAUGAUAAUCUGGCAAGCUGUAGCUGAAUGAAUUUAUUUAGAGAAAUCUCUUUAUCUCUCUCUUGCAAUUGGGACUUUUUUGAUUAUUAAACACUAAUAUUUCAUUUUGGCUAUUAAGCUAACUUAUUUUAAGCUCGUCGGUGUCUUAGUCGAUAGUGUUUAACUCACUGAGAGCAUUUCACUGUGCUCAGUGAUUGUGCAGCCCUGCUCUAUACUCCUAACUGCUUUAUUUUUUUUAGAUUUAAUUCUUUUAAUUAUUUGAUUUAAAAAAAAAAAUCAUUAUUUUUGGUGUCAGUAUAAUAUGAACACAUUAACAAUGAUCAAUAUAUAAUCAAAACUAAUUCCAGCUCACUAAAGAUCACUCUUUUUCUUAAUUAAUGUAGGUGAAUUGAUGGUCUCUGGGCUCGCUUUUAAUUUCUUAACUAGACAGAUUAAACAAAAAUCUGAUUUAAUUCAUGUGAUUGUUUCACCAUCAUCAAAAUUGUUUGCUUACAGGUUUAGACUCCUGUAACAUACAUAUUCAGCUGUGUGUGUGUGUGUGUGUGUGUGUGUGUGUGUGUGUGUAUAUAAAGAUCCCUCAGUCAAGUACAAGUACAAAUACUUAAUGUUGCUUAAUAUUACUUAACAAAAAUAAAUAAAUAAAUAAAUAAAUAAGUAGUCUGUUAAAGUAGAACAUUCUUAUAUUUAUUCUCAAAAGAAUCACAUCACACAAAGAUUUUUGUUGUUGACAGUAAAUUAGUGUCUUUCACCAAGAAACUGAGGAAGCAUCAAAUAGUGACAGCUAAUAUCUUUGACAGUAGAAACUAGCUCACAUGCUAAUAUCUUUGACAGUAGAAACUAGCUCACAUGCUAAUAUCUUUGACAGUAUAAACUAGCUCACAUGCUAAUAGCUUUGACAGUAUAAACUAGCUCACAUGCUAAUAGCUUUGACAGUAGAAACUAGCUCGCAUGCUAAUAGCUUUGACAGUACAAACUAGCCCACAUGCUAAUAGCGUUGUUAGUAUAAAGUAGCUCACAUGCUAAUAGCUUUGACAGUAUAAACUAGCUCACAUGCUAAUAGCGUUGUUAGUAUAAACUAGCUCACAUGCUAAUAGCUUUGACAGUAUAAACUAGCUCACAUGCUGAUAGCGUUGUUAGUGUAAACUAGCUCACAUGCUAAUAGCUUUGACAGUACAAACUAGCCCACAUGCUAAUAGCGUUGUUAGUAUAAAGUAGCUCACAUGCUAAUAGCUUUGACAGUAUAAACUAGCUCACAUGCUAAUAGCGUUGUUAGUAUAAACUAGCUCACAUGCUAAUAGCUUUGACAGUAUAAACUAGCUCACAUGCUAAUAGCGUUGUUAGUAUAAACUAGUUCACAUGCUAAUAUAUUUGACAGUAUAAACUAGCUCACAUGCUAAUAUAUUUGACAGUAUAAACUAGCUCGCAUGCUAACAUAUUUGACAGUAUAAACUAGCUCACAUGCUAAUAGCCUUGACAGUAGAAACUAGCUCACAUGCUAACAUAGUCGACAGUACAAACUAGCUCACAUGCUAAUAGCUUUGACAGUACAAACUAGCCCACAUGCUAAUAGCUUUGACAGUACAAACUAGCUCACAUGCUAAUAGCUUUGACAGUACAAACUAGCCCACAUGCUAAUAGCUUUGACAGUAUAAACUAGCUCACAUGCUAAUAGCCUUGACAGUAGAAACUAGCUCACAUGCUAACAUAGUCGACAGUACAAACUAGCUCACAUGCUAAUAGCUUUGACAGUACAAACUAGCCCACAUGCUAAUAGCUUUGACAGUACAAACUAGCCCACAUGCUAAUAGCGUUGUUAGUAUAAACUAGCUCACAUGCUAAUAGCUUUGACAGUAUAAACUAGCUCACAUGCUAAUAUAUUUGGCAGUAUAAACUACCUCACAUGCUAAUAGCGUUGUUAGUAUAAACUAGCCCACAUGCUAAUAGCGUUGUUAGUAUAAACUAGCCCACAUGCUAAUAGCUUUGAUAAAUGCAUUAGAAUGAGAAUAAUUACAUAUUUGUAGUGAUAGAGAUCAGGACUUUUAUAGAUUUAAGGAAUCUAUAAAAGAAAUGAAUUAUAGAAUUCAUGAACAAAAAUUUUUUUUUCUCUAAAACAGCUGUAAAAUGUAGAAUUUUACAAAUUAAUAAAAGGGAGUGAUCAUUUUUUUUAGUUAUAAAUUUGAAUUAAUUGCUUGAAACGGUUUGGGAUAAAGUUAUCUUGUUAAUUUAUUAUUUAUAGUUUAGACUGAAUUUAUUCCUUUUCAGUCAUUGUGAUUUUUGAAAAAUGUGCUCGCUUUUGUACAGUAACUUGAAGGUAAAUAAAAACUCGAGGAAAGUACAGAAGCUUGAAACUCGAAUUGUAGUUUGUUGCUCCUCAUUUCUGACUGCGGCUCAGUGAAUUAGCGCUGUGCUGAAAACUGGAAAGCGAAACGGUGUUUUUGUGCUGAAACAGGAAGUUUUUUUUAUAUAUAUAUAUAUAUAAACUCUCUCCCGCAGUGUUUCGACACACUCUCUUCAUUCUCCUUUUCUCUUUUGUCUGCUACUGUUCCUGUUCCUGUAUUUUUGGAGGGUUUGUGAGAGUUUCCUCACCAAGGCAAACGAGGAAUACGAGAUUUCUCUGUUCGAGUCCUGUCCUGCUGCCUGCUGCCUGCUGCUCGUUUGUUUUGGCACCCACGUUUUUCUAAAGAGCACAGGAUGACAGGGAGGUGGAGGGGAGAGGUGGUGGUCUACAUCAGCACCUAAAUUUAAUACAUUUGAAAUUGGACAUUUUUUAAUGAACAGGUUUUGGAACAUUUGAAAUGUAGAAACUUGAUGUUGUGAUCUUUUUUUUUUUUUUUUCUUUUUUGGUCCUGUUCUCCGCUUGUAACUCACAGCAGUAACGAAGACUGAGAUCACUAUCUCUCCUCCUCUCCCUGUUCACCACUUUAUUUACUCGAUCUUUAGUAACUCUCACCCUCCUCUUUCCCCCCCUCUCUCUCUCUCUCUCUCUCUCUCUCUCUUUCCCUCUUCCUCCCCCUCUCUCUCUCCCUCUGUCUCUCUUUCUAUUCUAGCAUUGCUCUAAUGCCUAUUUCUGUCCUUAAUUUUUUUUUUUUAAUUUCUAGGGCAGUAGCAGUUUACGUCACUAACCUCUAACCUUUGUGAUUUAGCUAGCUUUUACUCGCCACUUUAAUCUUAACAGGCCCCCGCCGACCCCUGACCUUCGCUCCUCUAGCCUUCCACUCAGUGUGGAUGCCACAGACCCGCACACACAAACCGAUAACCAGCCUUUUUGCAUGUUGUUUGUGUUUAUUUAUUUAUUAUUUUUUAACCUUCCUUCAUUGUUUAGGAUGAAACCUUCACCAGGCUUUCUGAUUCUUUUCACCAGCGUGUGCACUUUUAAUUCAGCUCCUACCUCAACGGUCACGUGAUCACAAGAUGAUUUCCCUGAGACGUUAUUUAAAGGAAUCUUUAAUUAAUGUGGUCAUUAUUUAUUUACCGACGUGCCAUUCAGUGAUGCGCUUUGUCUGUAGGUGAAAAAAAGAUGGAUUGCAGUUCUCACGAGCAAAAUUCUGCACUGAUACACAAAAUACAAUUGCAUUGUACUUCUAAUAAUAAUCUACUGUUUGAAUAGUAAUGAGUCUAUAAUGUUAUAAUAUAUAAAGUUAGCAUUAGCACUAGAUACAGUAUAGGUUGCAAUUUCAUCACGUUAAAGAUGAAGUAAAAAUUAUUAUUAUUAUCCUAAAUUUUAAUGUUUCAUAUUUUAUUUAUUUAUUUAACAGAGUAAUGUUGCUGAUAUUCAGUUUAAUUUAACAUUUCUUCGAUGACCCCAGUUCUGCCUUCCUCAAUUCAGCUCAACUCUUUGCAAAAAAAGACUUUUUUAGGCCAAAUCUCAAAUCCUAUUCACUAUAUAAGCUCACUACAUAGGGUGUAAUGUAAUGUAUAAUGAUAUUAAACCUUUUGUGUGUGUGAGAUUCAGCACAAAAAUUGUGCCAUCAGUAAAUGGCUGUUUGAGCUGAGCUACUUACAUCUGCCAUCUCAUUUCACACACAUACUUUAUUUGUUUUUUAUAUUUAACAAGAAAAGCGAAUUAUAGAUAACUGAACAAUAUGUGUAAGGCUCAAUUGUAAAAUAUGUAACAUCGAUAUUAUAAAAUUCUGAAAAGGAUUAAAAAGGUGAAAGUUGUCCCAAUAGCCGUUACUUAAAACAAGCAAAAAACAAACAAACAAACAAAAAAAAAACAGAAACGAAGCUUAGUGUUUUACCUUUUUUUUUGCCUUAAAAAAUUUAGAUGAUAUGACAUUUUAAUUAGUAUUCAAAGAGUGAAAUUUGUUCUGACAGCUGUAAUUUAAAUAAAAAAAAAUUACAAAAAUAAAAACCAAUUAAGCCCAGUCUUUAUCAUAAUAGUUGAAAAUGGAAAAAUAUCAUGUCAGGAAUACAAAUAAAAAACAAACAAUGCAUCAACUUUCAUGAACAAUUUUAAUAAAAAUAAUAAAUAGUCAUUUUAAAUAACAAUUUUGCAAAUCACGCAGUACAGAUUGUCGUUCCUGUUCGAACCCAUGUUCCUGUGCAGGUAAGUGUGAGCAGGUGUUCACUGUGAGUGUUUUCACACACAGCUGCUCUCAGCCUGAGACAUGUGUGUGUGUCUGUGUGUCUGUGUCUGUGUGUGUUUUGGUAAAGUCGAAUGUCUCCGCUGCCCUGUGACGUUUUCCCUCCCGUCCCUCUGCACAGGUGAUCCGCAAAGGCUGGCUCACCAUCAACAUCAGCUUCAUGAAGGGAGGAUCCAAGGAGUACUGGUUCGUCCUGACCGCCGAGUCCCUCUCCUGGUACAAGGAUGAAGAGG